CACACACACACACACACACACACACACACACACUCACACACACACUCGCACACACUCGCAUGAACGCACACACACGCGCACUCAAACACGCAUACACACACGCACCAACACACACAUUCACUUGGACUCUGACUCAGCUUCAGCAGCGCGCUGUUCCUCAUUGGAGGAGGAAUUAGGAAUUAUGUUUGCUUGAUGUGGAAUAAACUGAAGCACGUUUUGAACCUGGACAUUAUGAGGAGAUAUCCAGUCUUGUUCGCACUUGGAAUAGACAGGAUGAGGUCUUAGUCAACUUCUGAAGCUGUUUUUGUUCAAAGCGUCUCUUUUUUUCCAAACUGUUCAGACUUUUUUCAGCACAAAUGGAGCUCACUGGUUUGACAGUUGUGGUGUUUUUGGCUGUUGCGCUGGUAGGUGAUGCGUUCGCGGACUCAACAGGUGUGAGGGAAGUGGCUGCAGAAAAGGCAUUUUGGGACGACACGCAAGCUGAUGCUGGUGAAAGCCCGCCAGAGACCAUCCAUACCCGGCACUCCAGGAGCACGACGCCGAAAGGGGAUUACGGCAGUAGAGUUCUACCUAAAGCAUACCGGGCCACCAGACACCCAAGCAGCCUGACCACCUCGCAAUCCAGGAGCAGAGUGAACCGCAGACAGGGCAGCAAGUCCAGCACUGCAAGCAGCAGCAGCACAAGACGACUUGUUGGGCCUAAUGUGUGCGGGGGUCAGCAGUGCUGUUCCGGCUGGGCUGUGGCCCCAGGUACCAAUCGCUGCAUCAAACCUGACUGCCAGCCACCCUGCCAGAACCGCGGUUCGUGCAGCCGGCCGCAUACCUGCGUGUGCCGUUCUGGUUUCCGGGGCCCCCGCUGUGAGGAGGUGGCUCCUGAGCAGGUGUACAUCCAUGACAGAGGGGCCUUGAGGCGUAUCCAGCCGGGCAGCAACCCUUUCCAGAAAGAUCAACCACGGAGACGGCCCUCCGAAAGGCAAGCCAUUCAUAGCGGCAACGUCCAGACACCCCGACCUGCGACCACCAAGCAGCCCGUUCACACUGUGACCCAAGUGAGACGGGGACCCUCAGACUCCUCCCCUCAGCUGACCGGGACCUCCCGUACUGUGAAGCGUUAUCCGUCAUCCUCUGGGCCUAUCACCUCCAAUGCUCUGCCCAACGGCAACACCCACGGAAAUGAGCCCAGAAACUCACAUGGACACAGACACGACAACGUGCACUAUUUCAACGCUCACAGGCCAAGCAGUGACAACCAGCUGAAUGGACAAUUCAACAAUGCAUUAUCACCAGCAGGGGCCAACCUCACGUCCAGCCUGGACCGUAUAAAGAUCGUCUUUACACCCACCAUGUGUCGAAGAGUGUGCAGUGGCGGGCGAUGCUUCAGCAGCUGUGAGAAAGGUGACGUGACAACUGUCUAUAGUGAGAACUCGCAGCAGCAGCAGCAGCAGGAACCAAAAGCAUCGGGCUUCAGACUCUUCUUUUGUCAGAUCCCAUGUCAUAAUGGCGGCCGUUGCAUUGGCAGGGACCAAUGCUGGUGUCCAACAAACUCAACCGGGAAGUUUUGCCACUUGCCAGCUCAGCCUCAUGCCAAGCCCAUCACCCACAAGGAGUCCAGGAACUCUGCACCAAAAUCUCCGUCACACACCACGUACACUCUCCCGCUGUCCAACCAACAAUUGUCGCUCCACCCUUCUUUGGUAAAAGUCCACAUCCAGCACCCACCAGAAGCUGAAGUCCGCAUCCACCAAGUGGCUCGUGUCCCACCAGGUCAGAGGUUGCCCACCACAGAGGGAGUUCACUCUGUCCAGCAGCGCUCUCAGCCUGGCAAUGGCCACGAGUUGGCUGUCGAGCACAGCAGCCGACACAACAACCACGCCAGAUCACACAACCAUCAGAAUGGACAAGUGGGGAGAUGUUUCCAGGAGACGGUUGAUGGACAGUGUGGCAAGCCUUUGCCAGGCCUAACCAAACAGGAUGAUUGCUGUGGAAGUGUGGGAGCUUCCUGGGGUCUCAACAAGUGCCACACGUGUCCAAUUAAACCAGUACAUGCGGUGAUUGCAAAUGGCCAAGUUGAAUGUCCUGUAGGAUACAAAAGAAUGAAUGUCUCACACUGUCAAGACAUCAAUGAGUGCCUCCUGCCCGGAAUUUGCAAGAAUGCAGAGUGUCUCAACACCAAAGGCAGCUACAGGUGCACAUGUAAACCAGGUUACAUGUUAGACCCUGCCAGAAGCCACUGUGUCUCGGACAAGGCCGUUUCAGACCAGAAGGCAUUUUGCUACCGAUUGGUGACAACAGGCACAUGCUCGCUGCCCCUUUCUCAGCACAUCACCAAGCAGAUCUGCUGUUGCAGCGGCGUGGGCAAAGCCUGGGGAGAUGGAUGUGACCGAUGCCCUUUGCCCGGAUCUGAUCACUUUAAAGAGAUCUGUCCAGCUGGUCACGGAUACACCUACUCCCGCUCUGAUGUGCAGAUUUCUCUACGACAAUUGGAGGAAUACGAUCUUCAGAGUACUGGGCUGUCAUGGGAAGAGCAGAACCCCACAUUUCCUCAGCUACCGUCUUCCCAGCCUUCAUUGCAUAGGCCUGUCCAGCCUCAAUAUCCCAUUCACCCACCGACACCUCAAAUACCACAACGGGCGGAGUACACAGAAGCACCCCAAUCACCCAGGCACCCUGUCACACCACAGCAGCCCAUCCAUCCUUAUAUUGCGGCAAGAGAAUCACGUCGGCAGCCUGAAGAUGUGGAAAAUCCGAGACCGCCGGCUGUUGUGACGGACUCGCCAUUGAAAUAUCAAGAAGUUGCUCCAGACUUUCCAGCCAAGCCUGAUCCAAAAGAAACAAUUCCCACAGACUCAGGUAUUGACGUGUGCGUCACCACCCCUUCCAUAUGUGGCCAUGGGAAAUGUGUUCCUGUGCAGACUGGCUACACAUGCCAAUGUGAGCUGGGAUUUAAACUCAGUGCUCUUCAGACAACCUGCAUUGAUGUGAACGAGUGCGAGGGUGAUCCAUGUGAAGGAAAAGGCAGUUGUUCAAACAACUAUGGCUCUUAUAGUUGUCAGUGCUACAGUGGCUACAGCCAGGCGAUCACCCAAAACAGGAAGUUCUGUCAAGACAUAAAUGAGUGCAGUAUGCCCAACAAGUGCCAGAAUGGCCAAUGUGUCAACACAGAAGGCUCUUUUAUCUGUGAAUGUAACAUUGGCUUUACCAAGUCCUGGAGAGGUCAAUGUGAAGAUCUCGAUGAGUGUCAAGAUCCCAGUUCCUGCCCCAGUGGUGCCUGUGCCAAUACUGUGGGCUCCUUCCAUUGCCAGGUCUGCAGUCCUGGUUAUAGGCCAAUCAGUGAAAGAUGUGCGGAUGUAAACGAGUGCCUGAAACAAAACAUAUGCGGCCGUGGAAGGUGUGUCAACAUGGAGGGCUCUUACAGGUGCAACUGUUUCCAGGGAUACAAACUCACACUGGACAACGUAUGCCAAGAUGAGAAUGAAUGUUUGCUGCAGGGGGUCUGUGCCCAUGGCCGUUGUGUCAAUCUUGAAGGGACCCACAGAUGCAUUUGUGGUCAUGGUUACCAAGUCACCUCAGAUAGCAAAGCCUGUGAAGAUAUCAAUGAAUGUGCAAUUAGUAAAAAUUGUCCACAAGGAAUCUGCAUCAACACUCCUGGUUCCUACACCUGCAAGAGCUGCAAUCCAGGGUUUCAACCAUCAGUUGAUGGGCUUAGAUGUGAAGAUGAGGACGAGUGUGCUCAGGGUAACUGGUGUCUCGGUGGCGUGUGCGCAAACGCGGCGGGGUCCUACACCUGCACCAGGUGUAAGGGUGGCUACAGAGUGUCUCAGGAUCGACACAGGUGUGAAGAUAUUGACGAGUGCCAAUCCCUGUCUACCUGUGCGAAUGGGAUCUGUCUAAAUUCAGAGGGCUCUUACACCUGUGAGAACUGCCCCACAGGGUACAGAGUGUCAUAUGACGGAGAGCUCUGUGAAGACAUUGACGAAUGCACGCUGCCCAAUGCAUGCCCCCGGGGAACAUGCACAAACACAGUGGGUUCCUUCACAUGUGUCAGCUGUCAGCCCGGUUUCACAGUCUCCGAAGAUAGACAGCAGUGUGAUGAUAUCAACGAGUGCCAGGCCGCAGGUGUGUGUUCCACAGGAAUUUGCACCAACACAGAAGGAUCUUUCUCCUGCGUGGCUUGUGACCCCGGCUUUACUGUGGCACCCAAUGGUCUCUUGUGUGAAGAUAUGAAUGAAUGUGAUGGCACGGGCCUGUGUGUGGGAGGUCAGUGUACCAACACCAUUGGAUCCUACAGUUGCUCUUGCCCUUCUGGCCUGGAAAUGAUAGAUGGGACAUCCUGCAGAGGUAUAUGCUCACCAGAAUUCCACCUUAAAAUAGAAUAUGCAUAUUUCCCUCCUCUUGCUGUCCUAGUAAGUGUACAUUUAUGCUUAUGUGCCACAGAUAUCGACGAGUGUUUGACCAUCGUGGGAGUAUGCGGAGAAGGACGGUGUCUGAAUAGUGAAGGAUCCUACAUGUGUAUCUGCCCUGACGGAUAUGACACCCUUGAUGGGCAGACCGGCUGCCAAGAUGUGGACGAGUGCAGCAAAAACAACGUGUGCCUCCGGAGUCAAUGCGUCAACACUGACGGUUCUUUCAUAUGCUUAUGUGAGGCUGGCUUCAAAUUUAGUGAGGACACUGCUGAUUGUGAAGACCUGAAUGAGUGCAAAGAGUUUGGAAGCUCGGUGUGUGGUACCUGGCGCUGUGAAAACACUAUUGGCUCGUACCGCUGCUUCAUGGGCUGCCAGCCUGGCCUUGAGGGAGAAGACGCCACAGACUGCGAUGUAGACGAGUGCCUCAACAAAACCAUCUGCUGGAACCACAGCUUUUGCGAGAACACAGACGGCUCCUACCGCUGCCAGUGUGAUCAAGGUUACACAAACCCAACCGAAGACCCGAGCAAAUGCGUUGACGUGAAUGAGUGCAAGAUGAGCCUGGCACUGUGCGGGGAGGCCUUGUGUGAGAACUACGAUGGCAGCUUCCUGUGCAUCUGCCCCAACGACAAUGAGGAAUUUGAUCCCACCACCAGCCGCUGCCGCUCCCUGGCUGGUACCGACUCAAAACACCCUGCUUCUGUGGCCCCCACAACCGAGGAAAGGAAAGAGUGUUACUACAACUUAAAUGAUGCCAACUUCUGCGACAACGUCUUGUCUCGGAACACUACCAAGCAGGAGUGCUGUUGCACUGUGGGUGCCGGCUGGGGCGACAACUGUGAGAUCUACGCUUGUCCCACUCCAGGAGGAGAUGACCAUCACCAUUUGUGCCCUCAUGGCAGCGGUUCAAUACCUCUGCCUGCUUCCUCCACUCAAAGUUUGGCAGAUCAGCUACUCUACAUUGAUGCAAAUGAGUGUGAAAUGUUUGGGUCAGACAUUUGUAAGAAUGGACAGUGUGUAAACCGCUUCUCCACUUAUACCUGUUACUGUCGCUUUGGAUUCUACUAUGACAACGUUAGGCUUGAGUGUAUUGAUUUUGACGAAUGUGAAUUUGAAAAUUCUUGCACGGAUGGAGUUUGCGUGAACACGGCGGGCUCUUUCAACUGUUUCUGCAGUCCACCAUUAGUUCUUGACAGCACGCAACGACACUGCAUAAGCGUAAACACUACAGAAGAAACUGUGGAGUCUAACCCUGAUGUGCACAUGGACAUCUGCUGGCAGCAUCUGGAGGGAGACAACAUGUGUUCAGAACCCCUUCAGGGCCGCAGAACUACCUACACUGAAUGCUGCUGCUUGUAUGGAAUCGCCUGGAGUGGACAAUGUGCCUUCUGUCCUAGAAGAGACUCAGAGGAUUAUGCAGUCAUGUGCAACCUGCCUCUGAGAGGAAGUUCAGACAGUUUGCGAGAGCGACCGGGUUAUGAAUACGGCGUCAACAGUCCAGAGGAUACCGCUGAGCCUUUAGUUCCUCCAUACUGGGACAACUAUGGUGGACCAGCUGGACCGUACGACAUUCCAGAGAGCAUCCCUCUGUUUAACGACAACGACUACAGUGUUCGACAACCACCUGUCCGUGUCCCACUCCAUCGACCCCGCGAGCACUGGCCACGGCCAGUGGAUCCCUACUCUGAACGCUAUGAAGGCUUUGAGGGUCUCCAAGCAGAAGAAUGCGGUAUUCUGAACGGCUGCGAGAAUGGACGCUGCGUUCGUGUGAGAGAAGGCUACACCUGCGACUGCUUUGACGGAUACGAGUUGGACCUUAACAAGAUGGCCUGCAUAGACAUAAACGAGUGUGAGGACAUCAGUGACAAGGUGCCUUUGUGUCAGAACGGCCAGUGCACUAACACGGAGGGAUCCUACAGGUGCAACUGUUUGUCUGGCUUUGUGGCCUCCGACAAGCCACACAAAUGCAUUUCAGCAACUCCAGAGGUGGAGCACAGAGAAACAGGAAAAUGAGAUGGCGACCGAUUAGCACUGAUAUUUUCACAUCACCUGCUUCUUCAAAGUUGAAUUUUUACUACUUGUGGCCUUCUUCCUCCUAACAGUAACGCCGAAACGUCCAGAACAGAAGACACUAAUCAUCCCUCAUACAGAAAAAGAGGAUUCUGCAGUGAAUAGAUGACAUUAGGUUUCUAGCUGUUAAAGGGAUUUUGUGGACUGGCCUUUUUCAUUUAGUAAACCUCCUGGUAAUUUGAUAUAGUUUCACUUUAUUUUCCCUGUUGUUGUGUUAUUUAUUUAAGGGCUUUUCGACGGCAUGAUUGCUUCCUCUCUUUAUUUGUUAAUUUCACGUACAGGGAUGUCAUCAGAAUUCUUACACUUACAGAAGCCCUCAUUCAUAUAGCCCCAUUUGAAUCUCGACUGCAGUUGAAAACUUCGGUUGUGGUCAAAUUUGGAAUAGCCAAGCCAAAAAAACUAUAUAAGAAAUUUAACAUCAUCUGUCACGUUUCAAGUGUAAGGUAAACCAUGACGAAUGGGCCGAUAUGAAUACGCUUCCUACUAUUAAUAUAUAAAGACAGCACCAAUCCUUUUUGCCCCCUCCUAAAAGUCAUUAAAAACGAGUUGCAACAUGAUGAAUGUGUGUAACAAGAGCUAAGAAGACAAAACAACCAAACAUUUCAAAAUGAAGGCUUCAGCCGCUACGUUUACGAUGUAUAUUAAGGAACUGAUUACAGUGGGGCAAAAAAGUAUUUAGUCAGCCACCUAUUGUGCAAGUUCUCCCACUUAAAAUGAUGACAGAGAUCUGUAAUCUUCAUCAUAGGUACACUUCAACUGUGAGAGACAGAAUGUGAAAAAAAAUCCAAGAAUUUACAGUGUAGGAAUUUUAAAUAAUUUAUUUGUGAAUUAUGGUGGAAGGAGGUUUUGGCUCAAAAGCUCACGAUACAUGGCCCCAUUCAUUCUUUCCUUAACAAAGAUCAAUCGUCCUGUCCCCUUAGCAGAAAAACAGCCUCAAAGCAUGAUGUUUCCACCCCCAUGCUUCACAGUAGGUAUAGUGUGCUUGGGAUGCAACUCAGUAUUCUUUCUCCUCCAAACACGACGAGUUGAGUUUAUACCAAAAAGUUCUAUUUUGGUUUCAUCUGACCACAUGACAUUCUCCCAUGUGCUCUCUGGCAAACUUCAGACGGGCCUGGACAUGCCCUGGUUUAAGCAGGGGGACACGUCUGGCACUGCAGGAUUUGAUUCCCUGUCUGCAUAGUGUGUUACUGAUGGUAACCUGUUUUACUUUGGUCCCAGCUCUCUGCAGGUCAUUCACCAGGUCCCCCUGUGUGGUUCUGGGAUUUUUGCUCACCGUUCUCAUGAUCAUUUUGACCCCACGGGAUGAGAUCUUGCGUGGAGCCCCAGAUUGAGGGACAUUAUCAGUGGUCUUGUAUGUCUUCCAUUUUCUGAUAAUAGCUCCCACAGUUGAUUUUUUUUCGCACCAAGCUGCUUGCCCAUUGUAGAUUCACUCUUCCCAGUCUGGUGCAGGUCAACAAUUAUUUUCCUGGUGUCCUUCGACAACUCUUUGGUCUUGGUCAUGGUGGAGUUUGGAGUCUGACUGUUUGAGGCUGUGGACAGGUGUCUUUUAUACAGAUAACAAGUUCAAACAAGUGCCAUUAAUACAGGUAACGAGUGGAGGACAGAGGAGCUUCUUAAAGAAGAACUUACAGGUCUGUGAGAACCAGAGAUCUUCCUUGUUUGAAGUGACCAAAUACUUAUUUUCCACCAUAAUUUACAAAUAAAUUCUUUAAAAUUCCUACAA